CCUCUCCCUGUGGGUUGCUAUGUCUCUGGAGGAGUCUUUCGUUAUAACCCCAGAGGACAGUAGGGUUUUGGUCCUGAAUGUUUCCAGAGCGAUUUGGGACUCCACAGGAGAGCCGCACCAGUACAACGUCUGGCUCCCUGGAAUCGGAAUCGCCGCCAUCUACGGAGUUAUCAUUAUCGUUGGUCUCGUGGGAAAUGUCACUUUAAUGAAGACAUGUCUGUCGGUGAAGUCCAUGCGGACAGUGCCAAACUUGUUCCUAUCCAGUCUGGCUCUGGGGGACCUGCUGCUGCUGGUGACCUGCGCCCCAGUGGACGCCAGCCGCUACCUGGUGGACGAGUGGCUCUUCGGCCGCGUUGGAUGCAAACUGAUCCCGUUCAUCCAGCUCACCUCGGUGGGAGUCUCCGUGUUCACCCUCACUGCUCUCUCCGCUGACCGGUACAAAGCUAUAGUAAAACCGCUGAACAUUGACAGGUCCAGCGCUAGACUCAGCAUCUGUUUACGAGUGGGGGUGAUCUGGCUGCUCUCUGUGACUCUGGCGAUUCCUGAAGCCGUCUUCUCCGACCUGCACACCUUCACCACCAGCCAUACCAAUGAAACAUUUGUGACCUGUGCGCCCUACCCCCACGCUGGGGAACUGCACCCAAAAAUCCACUCCACUGCCUCCUUCCUCAUCUUCUACAUCAUACCACUCUUCAUCAUAUGUAUCUACUACUGCUUCAUCGCUCGCAGUCUGGUCAGGAGCUCUGUGGACAUCCCUGCUGAAGGACACCUGCACCUCCAGAGACAGAUCAAGUCCAGAAAACGACUGGCCAAAACUGUGCUGGUGUUUGUCGGCUUGUUUGCUGUCUGUUGGCUGCCCAGUCAUGUGAUCUACCUGUACCGCUCCUAUCACUACGACCAGGUUGACACAUCGCUGGGCCACUUCCUCGCAAGUGUGUGUGCUCGCAUUUUGGCCUUCACCAACUCCUGUGUGAACCCAUUUGCCCUCUACCUGAUGAGCAAAAGCUUCAGCAAACACUUCAACAAGCAGCUCCUGUGCUGCACUUCUCCCAGACGGUUGUACAGUCAGAACAGUGGGAGUACAAACAUAACCACGGUCUGAAAGCACGUGUGUUUCCAUGAACUUCAAACCCCCGGACUGGAGUCAUGUCGAUCGUCUUUGAUCACACUGAUUUUAGCAGACUUCAAUUUGAUGAAUGGACACGGUUACAAUCAUUCAUCCUUGUUGUCAAACAAUUUCACUCCUGCAAUUUAAUUAUCACCUGUCAUUAACCUUUUUCUAAUACCAAAAACUAAUUUUCAAUUUUCAAAAAAAUUUUAAAUCUGUGCUAUAGCUAUCAACGAUCUAUCAGUUUGGGUCAUGGAAAUACAAAGUGAUACAGGAAGUCUGAGGGUUCUGUCAGAAACAUUUCAUCUCUGAUUUAAAACAAUGUUGGUUGAAAGACAAAUGCAAUCCCUGCAGAUGUAAAUUAUCUCGUCGAAAACACUGUUACAAAAUAUAUUUUCUCACUGCUUGAGAUGGAUAUAUGGAUGUACAUAUUCUCUGGCAAAUAAAUGUUAUAGAGGAAAAACAUCCUGAUAAUUGUUAAGUUUUCUCUGUAUUGUCUGUUUUGGUGUUCAACCCAAAGCCGUGUAGAUGUUAAAUGGAACAGAAACAUGCAUCACUUAUGUUUUAAAUAACUGAAAAAAGAUGUAAUUGAUCAACUGUCCUUUGCAGUGGAAACCAUGCAUGAAAGGUUAGACAUCUGAUUUAUUGUGCAUGUUUCUAUCUUCGCUUAUCGGCUGAAGAUAGAGCAGAAGGUCCCUCUGACAUUUGAGGGUUUAAUGACUGUAAAAUAUUCAAACAGAACCAACUAACUUCUGCUAUUCUUUAUACUACAACAUUUUCAGUGGCCACAUAAAGUUUUUUGUCAAAAGUUGGUUGAAUUGUCAAAUGUCCGAUAAUUGUGCACAUAGAGAUGUUUCUGUUAAAUUGUAUGUGUCAGUUAAUGGUGUGUUGGUUGGCUCUGCAUACAAUAUGUGUCAAUUUAGCUAUUUGUUAAUUUUUAAUGAUGUAUUUAAUUUUGUUUAAUGUUGAUGUGCAACAUAGGGCUGCAAAUAACAUUUGUUUUGCAAUAUUUAUUCAUUAUUUUUUAUGAAUAAUCGAUUGAUUAGUCUAAAAACUGUCAGGAAACACAAUCAUGAUUUCCCAGAGCAUCUUCAAAUGCCUUGUUUUGUUUCACCAACAGUCCAAAACCCAAAGAUAUUUCAUUCAUAGUGAUAAUGACAGAUAAAACAAAGAAUAUUCUGACAUUUUUAAAAGCAAGAACUGUAAUAUUGAUUCUAGCAGUGUGGCUCUGUGGACGGUAAUCUCGGUUGGUCCACCACUUUGGUCCAGACUGACAUAUCUCAACAGCUACUGGAUGGACAGCCACGCAAUUUACAGAUAUUCAUGAUCUUACUUUUCAUAAAUGUCUAAACUAAUGACAUUCCCAUCAGCUACAACAACUCUUCUACAGAUGUUAUCAUGCUAAAUUAAGAUUGUGAACAUUGGUUAAUUAUUAACAUUAUUGGUUAAUAUUUAUUAUUUAAUAUUAAUUUGUGUUAGUUAGUGUCUUCUUCACCAUUAAUAUGGUCUGACAACAUCUGGAUGUUUCUAUACAAAUAAACUUUAUUUGAUAUGUAUAACCCCCUCUGGUCACCAUUUUUAUGAGGUUUUGUAGUGGUCAACUCACAAAAUUGUGAAUUGAUUAAUCUCAUCCAAGAAUCUUAAUCUAAUGUGCACUCUGUGUACAUUAGGGUGUUUUAUACAAGAUGGACAUUCUACUCUAAGUGGUAUUUUUUCAAAGCAUGUAACCACUGAAUCUGGGCACCAACAGCAGGAAAUUCAUCAACAUAAUCACAUACAAAUACAAUAUAUAUCGCUCUUUCAGAACCUUUGCUGAAGGCUGAGGCUCUUCUUUGCUGUUUUUGAGUAAAGACGUGUCAACUUAAAUCAGCUCAAACACAGUUGUUCAGGUCUCUGUGGAGGUGACCUUUUGAAUUAAUUCCCCUUCAGCAACACUGGCUAGAAAACUCCAUCCUUCAGUUCUUCAGGUGCUUUUCUCUUUCUGCUGUUUUCAACAUUUGUUUUGUUUUUUUACUUUGCCUUAUC